CUCAGAUGCACCUCCAGCUGAGCAAGAGCAUGGCUGAGGAGUUGGGACUGGGCUUUGAAGAAUCAGCCAGUGUGGACAUGCUGCCUGGAGGCGGAGGCGGCAGUGGCAGCAGAGCCGGGCUAGAAGCCAGGAGCCACAGGCGGCCCUGGACUCUCACCUGCUGCCUGCUCUUGCUUCCCAUUCUCACAGGACUCACCAUCUAUCUGCUCGUGGGCCAGCUCUGGGCCCAAGGAGAGGACUGCAUUCUGGACCAGAUCCCAAAAGAAAAGGCGUUUCUACCUUUACAUCAGCGAGCCUACAUGCCGCCACCCAGAGCAGACGGAGGCAAGCCCAGGGCACACCUGACAGUUAUAAAACAACCUCCCACACACCACUUGAAAGACCAGUUACAGGCUAUGCACUGGGAGCAUGAGCUGGGCUUGGCCUUCACCAAAAACCGGAUGAACUACACCAACAAAUUCCUGGUGGUCCCAGAAUCAGGAGACUACUUCAUUUACACCCAGAUCUCAUUCCGAGGGACCUCCUCUGAGUGUGGUAACAUAGAUCAAAGAAAACAACAGAAUAAGCCAGAUUCCAUUAUUGUGGUCAUCACCAAAGUAACAGACAGGUACCCUGAGCCCUCCCAGCUCCUCAUGGGGACCAAGUCUGUGUGUGAAAUAAGUAGCACCUGGUUCCAGCCCCUCUACCUCGGGGCCAUGUUCUCCUUGCAAGAAGGGGACAAACUGAUGGUGAAUGUCAGCGACCUCUCUUUGGUGGAUUACACAAGAGAAGAUAAAACCUUCUUUGGCGCCUUCUUGUUAUAGAAUCAAAGCAGACAUCAUUGUGAAAGGGUCCCUGUCUUUUGUCCUCAAUUUUCUUUCUAUAGACACAAUUCUUGGAGUUAAGGGUAGAGCGCAUUCUAUACAGUCAAGAGGUUAGCCAUGAAAUUUAGGACCCCAAAGUCUGCCUUUUGUGUGCCUUCCUGGUGAGAAUAUGAACUGGAAACAAAGAAGAAAUGAGCAAAUGCUGCAGUUGCUGGAGGAGUAUUGGGGUUUCUAAACACUGAGACAUUACUCAGAAAAAGAACAGACGGUCAACUCCAGUCAAGAUUUAAAGAAUGUUUCUAUGCUUUCCAGCUACACACUUGUCACCAGUAGUCCAGUCCUGUUUGAAUUUGAUUACAAAUUUACUUUAGCUCAACAGCUUUGGACAACAUCCAAAGAAACUCCAAGGGGAAGAAAAGUAAGCCCUUCAGAGGCCAGGUACUUUAUCAGUAUUUCCACAUACUUUCAUGCCAAUCCUAAAAGAAAAUGAAAGGAGAGCUGCUAUUUCUCAUGAAUGUUCUCCUGAAAGGAAGUGGUUUUCAUGCCAUAUGUGGCCUAUGAGAAAAGCUACCUUUCUUUAGAUUAUAUAUACAACUAUCAAAAUAAACAAGUGUGAGUUACAUACUCAUAUCAAAAAUGCAGUAAUGCAUAUUCACCAUUGUCAGCCGUGUUCCUGAAUGCCUGUUAUGUCCUGGGCACUCUUUAACCCAGAAGACACUAUGAAGAACACAUCAGUCUACUCACAGCUUAGAUAAAUACUACUAGAUGCCUCCUGGUCAAAUUCAAUCAACAUACUUCAAAGAUAACUGGGAGUCCUGGAGGAAAAAAUCAUCCAAAAAAAUGUUAUUUUGGGCAUUGCCCUUUGUAAGCUACCCAUCUGAAUAUACCACUCAAGAAGACAAAUUUCUAGCAAACUAGACCAACUCUACAACAAAUUUGACUGAUGUCAAGAAACAAUAGACUUGUUCUCUAGGAAGAAAACAAAGAUAUCAAUCAUCUGAUUCAGAGACAUUUAUCUGGGUCUGCUUUGAGGGUUGAUUUGCAACUUUAAAUGCACAUUAUUAUGUGGCUAUUUGUCCCUUAAAAUAUUCAAAAGGAUUUAACUAUGGGAUUAGCUAAUCAUCCUAGCCAACGUCUCUUUAAGGAAGAUACUAAGGUCUGUCUUAAUGAAUGAAUAGUCUUGGUAGAACGAUUUUCCUUGUGUGCUUUUCCUAUGUGCUGGGCAGAGAGGGACAGCUUUGUUCUCUCAGUCCUUGUUGGCUGCUUUAUCAAGCAGGAAUCUACUAAUUUGUUUUCCAGGAUCAGAUGAGCUCAUUGAAAUGAAAUGGGUUAACUUCCUACAUUCUAUAUAAGAAGUAACUUUCUACCUUCCAGGGGAGCAUUUGGGAAUGCCAUAUUUGGUUAAGCCCAGCACCACGGACUGUAUUAUCCUUAUCAUGAGAGAGCCUCACAGAUGGGUCUAAGAGUAUACUUGGCCCCUAGAGAUCACUGUUACACUGGUUUCCAGGAAAACUAUAAGCAGAGAGAGAGAAAGAGAAAGACAGAGACAGAGAGACAGAGAGAGACAGAAACAGAGAGGCAGAGACAGAGAGACAGAGAUGAUGUGGACUUUGAACAUAAUGACAGAUAGAGUCAAUACUUGUUGAAUAACAAUUCAGUGAAAACUGAUUUCCAGAUGAUCAGUUGAAAGGCUUUCGAAGGUCUGCUAAAGCUAAAUUACAACGGGCCAUCUUGCUCCCUUCAGCUUUCCAAACAGCACAGACUUCUGAGAGCAGAGAGAAAAAGGGGUGUGGCUUCCUCCACCUGGUUCACUGAGCCUUCAUAAAGGAAGUGAAGCCUGAGAGAAGGUGGGUGGCCUCCCAGAUGACCACAGGGAAAGGGCACCUUAGAAGGAGGAAUUACCCUUUGCUUCAGAAGAAAGGAAGGCUUGACACGAGGACAUUGCCUCACCACCCCUGAGAACAGCAUUGUCACCAACACUAGUCUGACUACCAUCAGGCUACUAUCCCAGUCAGUCAGAAAAUCAAAGGUUUUGUCUGCACCUGUCAGUCACCACAAUGCAAGAGAGCAUCAAGCAUCUUAUACUUUCUAGGAAAGGAUUUUCCCAGAAGCAGCCUGGAGAUGGGCGCUUCUUCUCUACCAUUAAAGGGAAGCCUGUGUGUAGAUAGCUUCCAAACCAAUCCAUGAGGGGAUCUGGUUGUUGGGAUGUUUAUCCAACACAAGAAUUUCCUGUUACCCUGAAGAAUGUGGCUGAAGUUUUCACUGCUGGUUUUGUUCAAUUCUUAACAAUAUUCUCUUUACUAUUCAGAAAAGCAUAGCCAAACAUUCCUAACAGGACUCAAAGUAGAACUUUUGUUUCCAAGGCAUCAUUUUUUAGAAGCAAAAUUAGUAAAGUAUUUUUUUAAUGGAUGGGGAAAAAAUGCUUUAAGAACAUGCGAGGAUCCCCUGAAAGGAGUUCCUGGGGUAUCACUCAAGGAUUUGGGAGAAAAGGAACAUGCUUUAUAAAAUAGUUAAUUUAGAGAGGAAAUGCUUUAUUGAUUAGGUAUCUCAGAAAUAACUAAGUUAAAUCAAUCCUACAGACAUUUACUGAAUGCCUCCUUACCCUACAGACAGAGUAAUAAAUUAUUUUAGCCUACAAGGUGCUCUUUCUAAUUGUUAAACACCUAUGUUAUCAGAGUUUUUAAUUUAUUCUGGUUGUUUUAGCUAAUUAAUUAGCUAACUUUAGACAGAUUGAUAUUUCCUUAUGGAAAUGUGUACCAUUUGAUGGAGGAUAACCACUAACAAAAUGAUUUGUAUUUACUUUAACUGGAUUUCUUUUUAUAACUAAACAAAAAAAUUGAGAACAAGAUACUAUUUCCUAUAGUAACAAUUAUCAUACAAGCAAUAUGUAGACAGAGAGAGGUUCAUAUUUUCUGGCCUCAACUUCAAAGAUGACCCAGAGAUACCUUGAAAAGUCUACAUUCCAUGAUCAAAAUUAAUGGCUCACCAGAACUUUUACCUUCAUAUACUUUAGGUCUCUUUGCAAAACAGAAUUGCUGAGCCACUAAAAUUUAUUUCUUUUUCUUUACUAAGGUACACUAGGAAAACUAAAAAAUGUACCUUUUCAUAUACUGAAAUAUACCAUGUUUAGUUUUAAAACAGGACCUGUUUUAGUUCUAAUACCAGAACCCUUGGCUAUAUUUCAGUCUAAGUUAUGCCACCCCAGAGAAAAUUCUAGCUUUAUGCUUAUAAAUACUCGUCAGGAUUAUAAAGUUCAACUGGCUGCUGGCCAUUGCUAGCAAUUUAUUGCAAGGUAUUUUCUCAAGUUCUUUCUCAAUCAUGUGUCCAUGGUUAAUUUUUAAGAAUCUAGUCAUAGCUUUGCCUUCCAAAAUACAAAAAGAUGUCUCUUGCCUCAAAUUUCCUGCUUGUUUAGGGCCUAGAGUUCUGGGAAUUUUUUUUUCCCUUUUCAGUAGGGGUCUCUUUAAGCAUAACAUUAUCCUGAAUAUUAAUAGUGUUAAAGUCUUUGGAAAUUUCAGUGAAUUAUUUUUGAUCCUCAAAUCUUUCCCCAGUACUAAAGGAUAUAGGUUAAAGAAAUCACAUUCCUAUCUUGUUCCACUCUGACACCCAUGGUUACACCUUCCCAAGCUCUAAAACACCUCACCCUUCCUCUAUCACCCGAUUUUAAGAGGAAACAAAGGCACCAGCCUAGAUAGAAGUCAUUUGUCCAGAACCUCACCCUGACAGACGGAGAGCUCAGAUUCUGUCUUCUGGAACCACAAACCUACUUCAUCCCAUUGUCUACUCUAGGAAAAUAUUAUUCAAUUUAAUGAUUAGAGGGGACUUUCAGUGAAGAUAGAGAUAUUUUCAAAUAUCCAUGGGGCACGGUAGAGGCAAUUAGACUUCUUUGAGUUAUACCCAGAAGAAAGAGCUGAGAAAAAAGAAGUCCCUUCUCUGGCUUCAGACCCAAAUGCACAUUCUGCCCCCAGAUUGAUUGUUUCCAGGUACUGAUUUCUCUUUCCCUGGAGAUCCUCAAGCAAAAGACUUAUUCCAAGAGUUGUUUAGAAGUCAUUGUUUCUUAGAAGUUAGGGAAAGGAUCAACGAAAGGAUUUCUAAAUUUUUUUUCCCAAGUCUAUGACUAUGUGGCUCUGUUAGAGCACGCUUCCAUGUGUUCUGUUAGAGUGUGAUGGACCUGAAAACUCAAAGACUUCAACAGUUCCAAACCUAGCAGCUCACUGGUGAAGAAUGUAUCGGACACCAAGAGCCUGAGGUCUUGCCAAGAGAGGAGUUCAUAUAAUUUGACAAAUGACUUGAUUGUCAAGUUGCAUUGAAACAUGCAGACUAGAAUUCCUAUCUUUCGUCACCAAGCCAGCCAUCUUUCAUUUGCAUCCAUGAAUUGUUUAUUUUCUUUGAACAUCUGUCAUAUGACAGUACAUAUUACGUAGAUGCUGGCAAGCAGGAAGGAAAAUUCCUACUCUUAUAGAGUACACUCUUACAGAGGCAGAAGACACACAAAAAUGAAGCUGACAUAAUGAUUUUAUUCUUAAAGUCAUUAAAAUAUGUAACUUCCCCCUCUUUUAACUUCAGGGGCAAUGUAGAUGGAACAAAUGUAUGCAAUUUUAGGGAGAAGCCCAGGUGCUUCCAUUGAGUUUGUUUUAUGUUAAAACGCCACAACCCCAAGGUAAAAUGCAUAUUGUAUGUUGUUGGAUAUGUAAUUACUUAUAUAUAUCCCAUGUCAUCACUGCUAUAUGAAUUCUAACCUUUAUAAAUGGAAUAUUGUAUGUUAAUCUAUUUAACAGAUGUACUUUAAUUAAUUGGAAUUAAAGG